UGAAGUAUACAUUUCUCAGGCUAUCAAUGAAUGGAGAAUUUUAAAAGCUGAAUAUUUAUCUGAACAUUUUGUUUCAAUCAGAGCUCAAAAACACUGAGGCUGUAAAAUUAGUUUUAUCAUGGCUCUUUCAUGAGGAUAAAAUGUAGUUCAUGAUUUUCUGUAGCUACCAUUGGACCCAAAUAUUUUGAAAGAAAACAGAAAGCUGCAACAAAAAAAAUUACUGUUUUUUUUUUCUUUUAGGAGUAUUAGAGAAAAUUUUCUCUUUAUUAUUCAGCGCGACGUAAUAACUCGUGAUAGCCAGCUGUAGAAAAGACAGUUUUUCACAGUUUGAGGUGGAAGCAGGCAGUUGAUCAUAUGCCAGAGGACUUGGUUAUAGUAAACUACUGUAUUUUGCUGUAUAUAAUGCAUGCUUUUUGGCCCAAAUUUUUGAGAGAAAAAUAAGGAUGUACAUUAUACAUUGGGUGAUACAGAUAGGAAGGCCAGCAGGCCCCCCUGGGCUCCACGGUGGGAGUGCUGGCAAGGUAGGCCACCUGGAGGGGUUUGGGAUGCCUGCGCAGGCCCCAGGGACCUUCCCAGCUACCUAUAGGCCAAGCGGCCUUAAAAAGCUCCCACCCAGGGGCUAAUUUGCCCCUGGUUCAGAAUUCAAAAUAGAUGAUAAGUGAAUGAAGGAAUAAAUGAUGAAAAAACGAAUGACAAGUUCUGUAUGACAGAGAGGGUACACCAUCCAGAUGCGUUAUCAGCAAAUGGAAUUGUGCAGUGCAGCUGGGAGGGAAAGAUAUGCUGUUAUCCUCCCUGUCUCGCUGAUCUAAACUGUGCAGUUUUACUCAUUCCAGAUAAUAAAAAGUCAGAAAGUAAAAAAAAAAAUAAAACUCCGACCCGCCUGCCACACACAUGACCACCUUGGCCAGGAGGGUCCCCAGUGUGGUGGGAAGGGAGGGGCCCUCAGGAGAGAGGGCAGAAGGCUUCACAGAGCAGGCAGCUGCGGAAGGGGGGGGGCGAUCUGCAUGUUUACCAGGGGAGGAUUAGCCCUCCCCAGAUGUGUCUCUCCCAGCUGAGAGCUGGCCACUUUCUUGAGAGUCAUUUUCCUGAAAGUUUGGACCAAAAACUUGGGUGCACAUUAUACAUGGGAACACAUUAUACAUGGCAAAAUAUGGUAUAUCUUUUAAGUCAUCAGCAAGUUACCAAGCUAUUCAGCAAGAAACCUGUAAUAUUAAUUUAUUCCUACCUAAAAUGAUUCUAUGCUAAUAAUAAUUUUUUUUGAAUCCUACCAUUCAUUAUUUAAUACCUGCAUUGGCCUCUUACUGUAUUGGGGUUUUAUUUUAAGAUGACUGUGUCACCACUAGAAAAACUCAAUUUGUUGUUAGAACCUGGAGACUGUUGCAGAUGCCAAAUAUUCUCUAUUCAGGGCAAUAUAGCAUAACUGAUGAAUAUGUAAUAAGCUUAAAAUUUUUUUGGUGAUGUAUUUUAUCUGCAAAAUAUCAUCCACUGCUGGUAUUACCAUAUGAAAAGAAAUAAAGUCAAGCCUCAUAUUUUUAUCAUGGUUACUUCAUUUUCCUUUGUGCACAGUAACAAAUUUUGUUUCUGACAUAGGAGACAGUAACACAAACUCUUUGCAGUUUGUAAAUGACCAGAGGUUCAUUUGAGUGGGGUUCAUAACAUGUAUCCACAGAGAGACAUAUGAAGUCUUCCUCUGAGGAACUGGUCUGAAAGGAAACAUAGGCAGGUGAGCUGGGGAAUAAGGAAUCAUGGCAGAAGGGCUAUAGGAAAGUAAACAAAAAGGAAUCACCUACAAAUUUGAAGAAAUUAGUUAUAGGAAGAGGUGUUAUGGGUCUUUGAAGACCUAUCAUACUAUUUUUAAUUCAACCAUAAUUUGGGAAAAGGAAAUCGAUCUUGGAAGAGAUUACUAAAGAUUAAAAGUAGGGACUAUCACCUAGAUAGAACAAAUGUUUUGUGUGAAAUUUAAUAUCUCUAACUUAAUAAGCCAGCAGGAACCUAUGACCACAACACACCCAGUUGACAAACAGGGACACCUGUUUGUUUAGCUGUAAGUAUAUAUACUUAACUACACCAAGUCAGCUGUAGAGUUAGAAAACUGUGCCUUAUGAACAGAUGUGACUUCAUGGCAGAACUUUUGCUUUGAAAAAGGUAAUUCUGACCAAAGUUCACACAUUUGAUACUUGGGAACACUAUUGAUUGGGCGCAGAGAAAAUGGGGCAAAAAGCAUCGCAACAGUUGGCUCUGAAGGAUGGCAACGAGGUCCUCGGCAUUUGUGAGGUGGUCAGUGGAGCUACAGUCCACGCAGCUCAGAAACUGAAGGAGUAUCUUGGAUUUGAAUAUCCUCUGAGUAAACUCUGCCCAGCCACAAAUACUCUGAAUGAGAUCUUCUUAAUCCACUUCAUCACUUUCUGCCAAGAAAAAGGAGUGGAUGAAUGGCUUACCACCACCAAGAUGACCAAGAACCAAGCCUUACUGUUUGGGGCAGAUUGGAUUUGGACCUUUUGGGGAUCUGAUAAGCAAAUAAAGCUUCAGCUGGCAGUACAGACUCUGCGGAUGUCUUCUCUUCUUCCUGUGGAAUCCAAGCCUGGUGACCCCUCCAGUCUAGAACCAAGGGUAAAGGAGUCGCCCUGGAAGAAAAGCAGAUUUGAUAAGCUGGAAGAAUUCUGUAGCUUGAUAGGAGAGGAUUGUCUGGGCCUGUUUAUCAUCUUUGGUGUGCCAGGAAAGCCUAAGGACAUCAGAGGAGUUGUCCUGGACAGCAUCAAAAGUCAGAUGGUGGAGAACCGCCUGCCAGGGGGAAAGGCCGUGGCUCAAUUUGUCCUGGAAACCGAAGAUUGUGUCUCCAUCAAAGAGCUGCUUGGGAACUGUCUGAGUAAGAAAAACGGGCUGAGAGAGGUGGGCAAGGUUUAUAUUAGCAUCCUCUGAAGUGGAUAUGUGUGAUUUGACCACCCUGUAAGAUGACAAGAAAAACAUAUUUUAUUCUAAUAAGCAAGUUCAUCUACUUGCAUCCCUCUUCAGCCUGGUAUAUAUUUUUCUUUUUCUUUUUUUUUUUUUCAUUGAUUGAAAGUGAUUUCCAGGGUUAAAGCAUGUUGCUAUCACAAUUACAGAGAGAUAAAACACGCUGGCUGUAUUUCAGGCAAAUGUAAAAUCUUUUAUUCAUUUUUUUCAAUAAUAAAAAUAGGAGGAGAGAAUAAUAAAGUCAUA